AUGACCAAACAAAAAGAUUCAAACAAUACCUCAUCUGAUAGAGAAUUUCACGGGCUACAAGCAGAACACGAACAUAUACGACAAGACAAAAAGCAAAGGAAUUUAAACCAGUACGUUAAUAUAAAAAAUUCUGAUGGUCGAACAGCGUUAACAAUAGUUACUAAACGUGAUUUUCUAAAAUGUGUCAUUAGACUAAUCGAAUUAACAGAUGUAUCAAAUCUGUCUAUAGAAUCUGCAAUUGAAUCAAAAAAUCCUGAAAUAUUAGACAAAUAUUUGGAAAAGUAUAAGGAUAGCCAACAGGAAUUAGGUGACAGUGGUAUUCAUCAAUCAGAUAAUGUUAAUCAAAAAUCGUGUCUAUAUUUACUUCAUCUGGCAUGUAGAUAUAAUAAUGAAGUUCUACUUACUUAUAUAUGUGAAAGAAAAGAAAAACCAGAUCAACUUAGUGUUAAAGAUAACAAUGGUUACACACCAAUAUUAGUAGCUGCUAAGUAUGGUAAUGAUAAAUGUAUAAAAUAUUUAGUAGAACAGCAUAAACUAAAUUUAAAUAUUGAGAAAGAAAAAACAGAAAAUAAAAAACAAAAUAUUUUACAUUUAUGUGCAGAAAAUUACAAAAUAUUACAAAACGAAUUGUUACCGAAUGCUCAUAUUAAAAUAUGUGAAUUAAUAAUUAAGGAAUAUAAAAGUUUAUCACUAGAUUUUGAUUAUAAUGGUAAUUCACCAUUACAUAUAGCAUGUAAAUAUGGUCACAAAACACUUUCUGAAAUGUUUUUGAAUGCUAUGAUUGAAGCUGAACCUGAUUCACUAGAAUAUCUUUUA